GCUUCCGCGAAUAUGGCGGCGCCGUAGCCCGGGAGCGGGAUCCUGGGGCGCGGGGAGGCUGCGGUGCGCAGUCCGGGCGCGGUAAUGGCGACCCCGGAUCAGAAGUCGCCCAACGUUCUGCUGCAGAACCUGUGCUGCCGGAUCCUGGGCCGCAGCGAAGCUGAUGUUGCCCAGCAGUUCCAGUUUGCUGUGAGAGUCAUUGGCAGCAACUUUGCCCCAACUGUUGAAAGAGACGAAUUUCUAGUAGCUGAAAAAAUCAAGAAAGAACUUAUUCGACAAAGGAGAGAAGCAGAUGCCGCAUUGUUUUCCGAGCUCCACAGAAAACUUCAUUCGCAGUUUUUUGUGGCAUCAGAUCCAACCGUUAAAACUGACCGACUGUGGCAUGACAAGUACACUCUGAGGAAGUCGAUGAUCCCUUCCUUCAUUACAAUGGACCAGUCCAGGAAGGUCCUUUUGAUAGGAAAGUCAAUAAAUUUCUUGCACCAAGUUUGUCACGAUCAGACGCCUACCACAAAAAUGAUAGCUGUGACCAAGUCUGCAGAGUCACCCUGUGAUGCUGCAGAUAUAUUCACAGACUUAGAAAAUGCGUUUCAAGGGAAAAUUGAUGCUGCUUAUUUUGAGACCAGCAAAUAUCUGUUGGAUGUCCUCAAUAAGAAGUACAGUCUGCUGGAGCACAUGCAGGCCAUGCGGCGCUACCUGCUUCUCGGCCAGGGAGACUUUAUACGGCACCUAAUGGAUUUGCUAAAACCAGAACUUGUUCGCCCAGCAACGACUUUAUAUCAGCAUAACUUGACGGGGAUUCUUGAAACUGCUGUAAGAGCCACCAACGCCCAGUUUGAUAGCCCAGAGAUCCUCAGGAGGCUAGAUGUGAGGCUGCUGGAGGUUUCUCCAGGUGACACUGGAUGGGAUGUCUUCAGCCUGGAUUACCAUGUUGAUGGACCAAUUGCCACUGUGUUCACGCGAGAGUGCAUGGGCCACUACCUGAGAGUGUUUAACUUCCUGUGGAGGGCCAAGCGCAUGGAGUAUAUCCUCACUGACAUACGGAAAGGACACAUGUGCAAUGCGAAGCUCCUGAGGAACAUGCCAGAGUUCUCUGGGGUGCUUCACCAGUGCCACAUCCUGGCCUCUGAGAUGGUGCACUUCAUUCAUCAGAUGCAGUACUACAUCACCUUUGAGGUUCUUGAGUGCUCCUGGGAUGAGCUUUGGAACAGAGUGCAACAGGCCCAGGACCUGGACCACAUUAUCGCAGCGCACGAGACCUUCCUGGACACCAUCACCUCACGCUGUCUCCUGGACAGCAACUCCAGGGUACUUUUGAAUCAGCUCAGAGCUGUGUUUGAUCAAAUCCUUGAACUUCAGAAUGCCCAAGAUGCGAUGUACAGAGCUGCACUGGAAGAGUUACAGAGACGGUUGCAGUUUGAAGAGAGGAAGAAACAGCGUGAAGUUGAGGGCCAGUGGGGAGUGACAGCAGCCGAGGAAGAGGAGGAGAACAGGAGGAUCCGGGAGUUCCAGGACUCCAUACCAAAAAUGUGCUCACAGUUGCGGAUAUUGACGCACUUUUACCAGGGUGUUGUGCAGCAAUUUCUGGUGCUGCUGAUGACCAGCUCUGAUGAAAGUCUUCGCUUUCUCAGCUUCAGGUUGGACUUCAAUGAGCAUUACAAAGCCAGAGAACCCAGGCUCCGGGUUUCUCUGGGCAGUAGGGGCCGGCGCAGUUCCCACACGUGAGGCUGUCUGAGGUUAGGAGAAGCCCACACAAGCCAGACUGUCCAGGCUGCUGGAUGCCGCGCACAGGCCACGGUGUUUCGGCACUGUGUCUGCUGGAGUCUCGUUUUCCACCUGACCUGAGUGUCUGUGAUGUCACCCAGUUCAGGAGUCCACUCACCAACAAUGUAGUCUUCAUAGUGGGAAGACGCUGUGAUGUGUUGGAACAUCUAAUUUCCACCAUGUAAUUUAUAUUUGUCAGUUAAAAAAAAGACAAAAAAAACCCCACCACCAACAAACUGUUUCUUGCCACAGAAAACUAAGGCAGUGGUGUGUUUAUAAAUUGAGAGAAUGUCACUGCUACUUUUUAGCAUCCUCUGUAGAGACAGUUUUUGUUAUCAUGAUGACGCUAAAUUGAAACAUGUCUCUAGGAAAAUACAUAGAGUAUUGGUGUUAGUGUUGAAAACACGAGCCUGGUGAGGACAUCGCUACCCAGGCAUCGCCGUCACACUCGUUCUUACUUUCUCUUCCAAGGUUUACAUUUUUAUAUUUAGUUUGCUAAUUCAAAUAAUGUGUAAAGCAGUGCAAACGAGCAGGGGCCAUGGAGGGCGGAGGUGUCGCUAGCCCAGCUGUGCAGACCACACUGGGCAGUGCACGUGCGAACAAGGCAAGGCCAAGACUGUUCUAUUUUCAGAGUUCUGAUAAGUGUUGGAAAGAAAUCAACUUGGGUACUGGAGGCUUCCCUUCUCCUUGCCUAUUUUUUCAUUGUAAAUAUUUAUAUAUUACCAACCAGAUGAUGGAGGGAACUGGUUUUUGUAAAAAUGUCCUAUCGGUCACAUAAUUAUGCCUUUUUUAUGUUGCAUAAGUGAGAACUUAGAGAAUUAAAGACCAUUAUCUUUCA